AGCAAUUUAAAAAAAAAUACUUCAGCCGUUCCAAACAUCCCUUGGCAACUUUUGCUCUUCCUCUCGAACGGUUAUAGCUCUCUCCUUCUUUUUCUCUCGUCGAAAUUCAUUUGUUAAUUGGGUUACGCUGCUUGAUCUUUAAUCUUUUAGUUGUUCAGUUCGUGAGAAAGUUGAGUUAAAGAGUAGAAAUAUUUCUCUUCCUUCCUCUGAUUUCUCAUCUUGGGGGUUUGCUUGUUGAGGAAAAUGCUGUGUUUGAAUGGUGUCUCUCUUGCCCGCACCUUCCCUUCCACCAAAUGGUUGUUUGCUCGGCAUUCAUGCAGCAAAUUGUUUGUUGGAGGACUUUCUUAUGACACAAAUGAAACUGUUCUGAAGGAUGCUUUUGUACAGCAUGGUGAAAUAAUUGAAGUUAAAGUUAUAUGCCAUCAUGUCACUGGGAAAUCCAAGGGAUAUGGGUUUGUGCAGUUCACAUCUGAAACUGCAGCUAGCACAGCUCUAAAAGAAAUGGAUGGUCAGUUACUCGAUGGCAGAAAUAUUCGUGUGGAUUAUGCUCACAGAGGGCGACUUUGAGAACCUUAGGAAAGCUGGGAUUUGCUGAUGGUCUCAUGGUUGGAUCUCCAAGGCUCGACUCUUUCAACAAAAAGUGGGUGAAUUGAUGCUGUUGGCAACUUGGCAUGGUGAGCUGACUUUGAACUUAAAUAGCCUGUGAUGUCCAACCAUGUCCAGGAUAUGAUAUGUGGACAAUCAGCCUCUUUAAGGAAAAAGCCUCCCAAGUGGAAUUAAAUCAUAUCAAAAUUAAUUGUUAAAAGUGUAAAAAAUUAGAUUGAGAUAGAACUGCUGUAUUUGUUGAUUCAUCUGCUCUUAUAAUUCAAAUAAAGCUAUUUUAAUUGGCUUUGUCUUUGUUCACCAUUGUAUGGCUGAAAUGAUAGACAAAUAUUAAGAGCAAUGGAUUUUUUUUUUC